AUGCAAGAUAAAUUCUCAUGGCACGCUUGUCGGAUAGCCGAUUUAAUCGUUUCUACUGCCUCUCUCGCAUCUCCUACCCAAGGGCACUGUAUGAAAAGGAGGGCCUACUGUAUGAAAAGGAGUAGGUCAUCUAGAUGGUCUACCUGA